CAGAGAUCACUGAUGCGCCAUUGAACCAAAAAAACAUGUUCAAUAAACGAUAUUGAACAUGAUUAAGAUUCAAUUGCACAUUAACAAUAUUUUUAUGCAGGAUAUCCAGAUUAGAGAAAAAAACUCCAAGGAUGGUGUGGUAUAAAGAAAGGCCUGAUCAGCAGAGUGCGCCGAUUGUGUAGUAGUCUAGUCUAGAACAAACCUUGAUGUCAUCCUUAGUGAGAUCGGGGUCUUCGAAUGAGAGCUACUCGGGUAAGUGAGAUCGGCACAAAGGAUGCACCCCUCGCCUUAGAUCCGAGAGCAAAUAGUUCACGUCGUGGAAGACGGAUAUAUAGGAGUGCGUCGAGAUGGACGGCUUACCUCGGCCUCACGAAUAGUAUCGUCGCGGACGAUUUGGAGUGCCUCGCGGGGAGGGCUUAUCUCAGCCUCCUUUUCCUCCUUUACAGGCUGGAAAGAGGGACAUCCGUCCCCUGGUGCUGCCCAGCCUUUUCUCCUUUACAGGCUGGAACGAAGACAUCCAUGCCUGUUAUGACGUGGAGCGGUGGACGUUUGCUAUGGGGUUUUGCCGAUGUUGGUUGCCACGAUAGAGGACGGCUCGCCGGAAAGAAGGAGCAGCAACACAGAUCUGUUGGGGUGUUGUAAACAGAUAUACGGCUAGAGAGAAGGCGGAGCAGAGAUUUCUUUUCCCGUCGAUCUGAUCUCCAUAGCCAUUUUACACUCAAUAACUUUGGUUUUUUCAACUCCCAACGCUCCCAUCGAUCCAACGGCGACCGGCGGAACCUUCAUAGGAAAAGGGAACCACAAAACCGAAGUAGUAGAUGGCCAUUCCGCGACCCAGGUUUAAAGGAUAAGAAUGAUGCUUAUGCUUUUAGUGGUUCUAGACUGGUUCUCAAUAAUUUUGAAGCUCGACCCUCCGAAAUCAAAGUUAGCAGAAAUCUUAGAUUCAAAUUUAAGACACAAUCUAAGGUUUUUGAGUUUUUUCACUCAUUUUACAAUCAAAAUUUCUGUGUCUCUGAUUACGGAAGUAGAAGAUAUCAUUUAUGGUUUGAUUUGGACACCAUCAAAUGGUUAUUGGAUUCGUUGUCCCUCAUUUCCAAAUUGAGAGGCAGGGAAACUUCUCUGAUUGAGGUGAAUAGAAGAUUAGAUAUUAGCUUAGGUUCAAACAAUAAAGGUUACUAUAUCAAAAUCACAGAGAGAAGGCGAGAGGGUAAGAGGUUUUUAGUCAUCCCUUUUGAUUCACACAGGGAUGGUCCGAGAAUCUUCAUCAGGGCACUCUCUAAUUUUAUUCAUAGAGCUACUUCGGUUUGCCCUACACUGCCUUCGGUUUGCCCUACACUGCCUUCGGUGGAGGAUAAUGUGCAGUUACUGUUUGUUCCAACAGAACUAAAAGAAUUAAAGCCAGAUACCCAUACUAGGCACACCAUGGGGCCACCAAUCCUGCAUACACAGAUUCUACUCUCAAAGGAGGUUGAAGAACCGAAAGGGUAUAACCACUCAGUCCCUACAAGGGAAGGCAAUGGAGAACCAGAAUCAGAUUCUCAGUCUCCUUUAAUAGAAUGCAGCUCUACAGACGGACAGAUUGUUAUUUACAAGGGGGAAGCAGAACUUAAAUACCACUUUUCCAAAUCUAACAGAGACUUUUUUCCACCUUUGUCAAGACAGAUCUUAUCUCCUUGUGCACCCCCAUUUAUACCACUGUCAAACAAUACAUUUGCUUCUCUCCACAACCAAGAUUCAGACCAGGAGUCAAAUGCAGC